UCCAUCUCUUGCCUACAAGCUGUUUAUUUUCUGGAACCUAAAAAAUAAUUGAAGUUGCUGGACUGUUAAAAAAUAAGCCGGAAAAGCGGUGGAAAAGCAGAGCAGCUAUGUCGGCCUUCACGGAGACAGCUCUCCUCAAGAAGCUGGGGGAGCUGAACAGCAGCCAGCAGAGCAUCCAGACCUUAUCCUUGUGGCUGAUUCACCACCGCAAGCACAGUGCGUCAAUCGUGAAGACCUGGCAGCGGGAACUGGAGAACGUUCCUGAGCCCAAGAAGCUGACCUUCAUGUACCUGGCCAACGAUGUGAUCCAGAACAGCAAGAAAAAGGGCCCGGAAUACGGCAAGGAAUUUAACGUGGUGCUGGGCAAGGUGUUCGCUCAUAUUGGGGAGAAGUGCGGAUCGGACAAGCUUCUGGGCAGCCUCGGCAGGAUCCUCAACAUCUGGUUGGAGCGUGGUGUUUACGAUGCGAAGGUCAUUGCAGACUGGCGAUCGCGAUUGCAUAAGGAAUCCAGUGGCAACAGCUCCAGCAGCAAUGGCAAAUCGAACGGCGAGAGUGAAAAGCCGGAAAAGGAGCGGGAAAAGGAGCGCAGCAGCAGUAAAUCGGAAAAGUCCGAUCGUCGGGAAAAGCGCAAGCACGAAGAUCGCCACUCAAAAUCAAAGCGUUCGCGGCAUCACGGCCAAACCAGCAGCAGUUCCUCCACUAAUCCUCCUCCAGUCGAGGAAGUCGUGGCUGUGGAGCCGGAAAAUGGUCACACACCCCCCUACUUGCCUUUGGGCGAACCCCCAGAGCCGGAGGAGCUCAUUAAAGCUCUCACCAGCAUUGAGAACUCCGCCUCUAGUGAUGCGGUGGUGCGCGAAAGGAUCGCCAAGCUGCCACCAGAGAUAUCCGAGAUUAGCUGCAUUACCAAGCUGGAGGAUAAAGACAAGGCCAAGGCUUUAGCCGUGCAGGUCAACGAAGCUGUGGAGCUGCUGAACGACUACAACGCUCGACUGACAGCGGAGAUGGAGGAGCGCGCCAAGCUGGCCACCAUGCUGCGGGAUUUUCAAGCCGAGCAGAAGGAGCUUCUCUCCCAAGCAGAACAACGCCUCGAUGAACACAAGAAGAAGCUGGCCAAGAUGUUGGGCCUGCAGAAGGAGAUCCACGACCACCUCUCCAACCUGCCCGACCUGACCCAAUUGCCGGACGUGACCGGCGGACUGGCACCCUUGCCCUCCGCCGGCGAUCUCUUCAACGCCCUGCAUUGAAGAAACGCAGAUCCUGAAGAGCGUGAUCCGUAAGGAGCCACUCGAAGUCAAAUAUUUCAAAUUUACCCGUAUUCGCAUCCUCGCCCGCAAGCCCACUUAUUGUAAUCCAAGCACACCCACUAAUGACGAUUUAAUUAUAGCAUAUAAUUGCAAGCAACUUA